AUGGACCGUGACUGUCCAUGCUCAGAGUGGCCUCUAGGCCGUAUUGUUUCUGUCCAUUCAGAGACCCAGCGUGUCUUGAGAUUAGUGAAUGUGAAGUGCAAAGGCACAACUAGCCUCAAGACACUGGAAAAAUUAGUUUCCUUGGAGCAAGCAGAAAAUCAAGCUGCUCAGAGACCUCUUACACCUGAAACUCCAAUACAGAGCAUCCAUCCUAUACGAAACAUUUUCCUGCAUCAUUGCAGGAAAACUCAAAUUAAACUCAACCAUCUGAAAGGAUAUACGUAUGUGAGACCUCAUGAUGGCUUAUGGGGAACUCAGCAGAGUGAUGGUUCAUGGACUGGCAUGGUGGGUAUGGUGAGCAGGGAGGAGGUUGAAAUUGGUCUUGGUCCGUUUGCUGUCAAUACUUUAUUAAAUGAAGCCGUAGACGCCACGUGGCCAGUAACAAUAGAAUACGGGAGACUUCUUGGAGGUCGAGGUCAGCCGGAGGUGGACCCAUGGGGCUUCCUCUUUCCUCUGGAGCCGCUGGUGUGGGCGGCCAUCCUUGCGGCGCUGCUGGUGCUGCCUCUGGCUAUGUGUCUUAUGUCCUCAUGCUUUUCCCUUAAGACUCCGGCAGAAUGGAUGGACGACACAUUCAACUUGGUAUCAUUAAUUUCAAAUCAAGGCAUUAUGGUUCAGAAUAACUGGUGGUGGGAGCGGGUGGUGAUGGCGGUGUGGGGGCUGGUGACGGUGGUGUUGACGCAGAGCUACGCCGGCAACCUCAUGGGUCUCCUGGCUGUCAGACACAUCCCUCAGCCCAUCCAGUCCCUCGAGGAAAUUGUGAACGAUCACUCUGUAGCAUUGCUGGUUUUGGGUGGCGCUGUAAAAGCAGAAUAUAUUAUUACUGCAAAGGCUGGAAUAUUUCGAGAUGUUGCUGAUCUCCAGAAAGAGAAUCGUCUUAAAUUCAUCAAGACUACAGAGUUUGUUCGGAGUAUCAACACACUUGUUAGGAAUGGUCAUCACCUAUUUAUAUCAGAAGAGGUUGUGGAAAGAGCUUUGAUGGCCCAAGAUUUUUCACGGAAAG